AUGUCCAUCAGUGUCAUUUUUGUUGCUGUCUUUAAGACUGAUGAUGAUAUUCAUUCUGGUUAUGUUGAAAAUCAUUUUGCUGAUGAUUAUUACCGGGAAACGGUGCCAGGAGGUAACGGCACAUGGUGGACGGCGUUGGCGUUGGCGGUAUUAACAGAACUACAUCAGCUAUCAUCUGAUUUCAAAAUUGCCUUUCAGUAUCUGCUCGGUUGGGGACUGUUGCUGUCAGUUUUGACAAUGCGAGCGAUUUUAAACCGUGUAAGGGAGCAGCUCGGAAUGGGACAAAAUAUUUUUGAUAAGGCUAUUAGUUCGGGUGAUUGGUAUUUUCGGGCAACAACUUAUCCAUAA